UCGGUCGUGCUAUUUUAUAGCCGAGCGUGGGAUGCUUGAACGGGUCUGGUUGUUUAUUUUUCAGCUUUUGGACAGUAGAAGGAGCAAACCAGUUGAAGCUUGAAUCUUUUUGGGUUUCAGAUGGAUGUGGUAUCUAGUUGCAAGGACAAAUUAGCGUAUUUUAGAAUAAAGGAGCUCAAGGAUCUUCUCACUCAAUUGGGUCUUUCAAAGCAGGGAAAGAAGCAGGACCUUGUAGACAGGAUACUAGGCAUUCUCUCUGAUGAACGAGUUUCUGGAAUGUGGGCAAAGAAAAAUGCUGUUGGGAAGCAAGAAGUAGCAAAACUAGUAGAUGAUAUCUACAGGAAAAUGCAAGUUUCUGGAGCUUCUGAUUUAGCAUCGAAGGGACAGGUUUUAUCAGACAGCAGUAAUGCGAGGCUCAAGGAGGAAGUAGAGGAUUCUUAUCAAAUGGAUAAAAUUCGUUGUCCAUGUGGAAGUUCAUUGCAAGCUGAUUCAAUGAUAGAGUGUGAGGAUUCGAGGUGUCAUGUGUGGCAGCAUAUUGGUUGUGUUAUUAUUGCUGAGAAGCCUAUGGAGGGUGUUCUACCAGCUUCUCCCGCGAUUUUUUAUUGUGAACUCUGUAGACUAUCUCGUGCGGACCCCUUUUGGUUGACCACGGCGCAUCCUCUGUAUCCUGUUAAGUUGAUCACCACAAGUAUUCCUACAGAUGGCACAAAUCCGGUGCAAAGCGUUGAGAAAACAUUUCAACUUACAAGGGCCGACAAGGAUUUGUUGUCGAAACAAGACUAUGACGUUCAGGCCUGGUGCAUGCUUCUUAAUGACAAGGUUCUGUUUAGGAUGCAGUGGCCGCAAUAUGCAGACCUACAGGUCAAUGGUGUGCCGGUGCGGGCAAUUAAUAGACCUGGCUCGCAGUUGCUAGGGGCUAAUGGCCGUGAUGAUGGCCCUAUUAUUACACCAUGCACCAGAGACGGAAUUAAUAAAAUUUCCUUAACAGGAUGUGAUUCUCGAGUGUUUUGUUUGGGGGUCAGAAUUGUAAAGCGGCGUACUGUCCAGCAGAUUCUCAACUUGAUACCCAAAGAGUCAGAAGGCGAGCAAUUUGAAGAAGCUCUUGCCCGCGUCCGUCGUUGUGUUGGUGGUGGAACUGCAAUGGAGAAUGCCGAUAGUGACAGUGAUCUGGAAAUUGUUGCUGAUGCUAUUACUGUCAAUUUGCGGUGCCCUAUGAGCGGGUCAAGAAUGAAGGUUGCUGGGAGAUUCAAACCUUGUCUCCACAUGGGCUGUUUUGAUCUUGAUGUUUUUGUUGAAAUGAACCAACGAUCUAGAAAGUGGCAAUGCCCUAUCUGUCUCAAGAAUUAUGCUCUAGAGAAUGUCAUCAUUGAUCCCUAUUUCAAUCGUAUCACGUCUAAGAUGCGGGAUUGUGGAGAAGACAUGACAGAGAUUGAGGUGAAGCCUGAUGGUUCUUGGCGUGCAAAGGCAGAAAGUUAUCUAGGAGAUCUUGGUCUGUGGCACUACCCAGAUGGCACUCUCUGUGCCCCAAUGGAUGGAGAAGUUAAACCAAAAUCAGAAGCUUUUAAGCAAAUCAAACAAGAAGGUGUUUCUGAUGGUCAUGCCAAUUUAAAACUUGGAAUCAAGAAGAACCGGAAUGGUCUCUGGGAAGUUAGUAAACCUGAAGAUACGAAUGCACUUUCUUCCGGCAAUAGAUUAGAGAAGUUUGAGAACCUUGGUCAGAAUGUUAUUCCAAUGAGCAGUAGCGCAACUGGAAGUGGCAGGGAUGGUGACGAUCCUAGUGUCAAUCAGGGCGGUGGUGGAAAUUUUGAUUUUUCUGCCAACAAUGGAAUUGAACUUGAUUCUCUCUCUCUCAAUAUCGACCAACCAUAUGGAUUUACCAACCAAAGUUCUGCACCAUUUGGUGAUGCAGAACUUAUUGUUCUCAGUGAUUCUGAAGAAGAGAAUGACAUCAUGAUUCCCUCUGAAACUGUUUACAAGAACAAUAGAACUGAUACUGGUGGGGCCACAUAUCCACUUCCCCCGCAUGGAAUUCCUGAUUUAUAUCCUGAUGAUCCUCCUCUUGGUACUGCUGGUCCAUCAUGCCUUGGUCUUUUCAAUUCUAAUGAGGAUGAAUAUGGGAUGCCCAUCUGGUCUUUACCUCCGGGUACUCGUGCGGGUCCCAGUUUCCAGUUAUUUGGUUCAGAUGCAGAUGUGACAGACGCCUUAGUUGAUUUGGAGCAUGGUUCUACUAACUGUCCUACAUCAAUGAAUGGAUAUGCUUUGACUGCAGAGACUACUAUGAGGCCUGAUGCUUUUGUCCCCCAGCCUUCUGUUGAUCAUUCGAAUGGUGAUAUCAACGACAGUUUAGUUGAUAAUCCGCUGGCAUUCGGCAGGGAUGAUCCUUCUCUUCAAAUAUUUCUUCCGACAAGGCCUUCUGAUCCGUCUAUGCAGCCUAACUUGAGAGAUCAACCUGAUGUGUCAAACUGCAUACGCUCCGAGGAUUGGAUCUCUCUGAGACUUGGGGGUGGUGGCCCUAGUGGUCAAGUUGAAUCUACGGCUGAAAAUGGAUUGAAUUCACAGCAGCAAUUACAAGCCAAGGAAGGGACCUUGGAUUCUUUGGCAGACACUGCUUCUUUGCUUCUUGGUAUGAAUGACAACAGAUCUGGCAAGCCAAUUAGAGAAAGAUCAGAUAGCCCUUUCUCUUUUCCUCGGCAAAGACGUUCUGUGAGACGAUUAUAUCUUUCUAUCGACUCCGACUCCGAUUCCGACUAGAUUAUGCGUUUGUUGAUUGCUGGGAAUAUUCACUACUAUAUCAUUUGACUUCAGAAAUGCUGCCGGACACCCCAUCUUGAAGAGUUCAAUAUCUGGAAUGAUUUGGUGACCAGUCCCGUAGCGCUGAUUAUGCGUUUGUACUUGUAAAUUUAAGAAAGCUGAGAAACAGUUUUUUGUCCCUGUGAAUAGUCUCAGUUGAUGCAACGCACCCACAGCAGAUUUAGCAAUGAAGUGUUCUGCUUAAGUGGUGUGCUGUGCUGGCACUGCAGGAAUUUCUUUCAAAUGGGCUGGAACUAAUUUAUCCCCGUCUCUCUCUCCUCAUGGUGGCUUGCCGGUCUGUGCUGGUAAAUUGUACAUUAGACAGUUAUUUAGCUGGCAACUCGGAAAAAAUCCUUUUGUAUUGACCUUUGUAUGCCCCAAUAGAAACACAAAUUGACAUUUUUUGUCCUCUUCGAAAUACAAGGAGCAAAUAGCGGGUGAUGUCUUCACAUUUACCUCAGCAAGUAAUUUACAAAAAUCUAUUCCCUUUUGGAUAA